UUGGAAAUACACUCUGUAUCAAUGCCUCUUUAGACUGUGCAAAAGUGCAGAAAUUGUUAGGCAAUGAAAUCAUUCCUGUUGGAUCGACAGACAUUUGGCCAUUUCCGAUUUUCAGUAAUUGGUGUGAAAAUUCAGCUGCCGACGGAUCGUUCUGUAGUUGAACACGUACGUUUGUAGCAAGUGUAAGCGUGUUUACAUGUCUCCAUAAAUACGAUGAUUUUAAACAUGCAUUGAUUUCAUCUGCGGCCGUAGAUUUUGGGAUCACAGAUGUUUUCGAAAUAUUACAUGUUGGUGUUUCAUUUACCUGCAUAUUCAAAGGCAACUUUAAUGCAGAAUGUGCUGUGCGACCGCCUUCAAGUAAUGUAGCCGCAAUUCCGGAAAUAGCGAGUGCCAAUGCAAUGUUGCUAAUAUCAAUGAAAUCAAAAAGGUCUUUUCUGUUCCCCCAGGAGGAUCGAAGAAAAACAAUCCACCAGUUCCAUGGCUAACAUUAUUCAUAAUUGUAUCACCAACAGCAACAUGGGUCAUUCAAUUUCGUUAAAUUUGAUAUUACAAAUGUGUUUAAUUCAUUACAACAACUCGAUUGAGAACUUCGGAUUGUGUUUUCGUUUCGUGAUGAACAAUUUCAACGAUGAAAAUUUAGUUUAUAACAUUGAUCAAUUUAUAGCCAAAUAAAUUAUAGAAGUUUAUUAUACGUUAUCUCCUUUUUAAGCCCUUUUUGGGAGAAUAUAAAUAAGUUUUAAAAUUAUGCCAAAGACAUACAAAAUAAUAAUCAUAACCUAUUGUAUAUAUCAAAAGAGAAAUAAGUUUUAAACUCCUAGAUAAAUACAAAUGUAUGAUAGGAUAAUGCUAAAUAAUCUAAUUUUAUCAUAACUUUGUAAACUCCUAUGUUAAAAUGAUUUUGGGCAAUAAAUGAAAUGAAAUGAAAAUUGAGAACUGGAGCGUGAAUACCAUUAUGAUUGUAAUGAACUAAACACAACAACAGCAACAUGUUUAUGAUACAAUCAUGAAUAAUGUUAGCCAUGGAACUGGUGGAUUGUUUUUCUUGGAUGCUCCUGGGGGAACAGGAAAGACCUUUUUGAUUUCAUUGCUAUUAGCAACAAUUCGAUCAAAUAAUAACGUUGCAUUGGCACUCGCUUCUUCCGGAAUUGCGGCUACAUUACUGGAAGGCGGUCGCACAGCACAUUCUGCAUUAAAGUUGCCUUUGAAUAUGCAGGUAAAUGAAACACCAACAUGCAAUAUUUCGAAAACUUCUGGAAUGGCAAAAGUUCUUAAAGUAUGUAAGCUCAUCGUAUGGGACGAGUGUACUAUGGCACACAAGAAAUCAUUAGAAGCACUUGAUAGAACUUUGAAAGAUCUACGAGGAAGCCAAACAGUCUUUGGAGGUGCCAUGAUUUUAUUGGCUGGAGAUUUCAGGCAAACAUUACCUGUGAUCCCAAAAUCUACGACUGCAGAUGAAAUCAAUGCAUGUUUAAAAUCAUCGUAUUUAUCGAGACAUGUAAACACGCUUACACUUACCACAAACGUACGUGUUCAACUACAGAACGAUCCGUCAGCAGCUGAAUUUUCACACCAAUUACUGAAAAUGGGAAAUGACCCAAUGUCUGUCGAUCCAACAGGAAUGAUUACAUUGCCUAACAAUUUCUGCACUUUUGCACAGUCUAAAGAGGCAUUGAUACAGAGUGUAUUUCCAAACAUAGUUCAACACUACAAAAACAAUGAUUGGCUCAGCGAAAGAGCAAUUUUAGCUGGGAAAAAUAAGGACGUAAAUGAUAUAAAUGUAGCUAUUUUGGAUCAAAUACCUGGUGACAUAGUUGCAUAUAAGUAAGUCAAUGGCCACUAUUUACUGAUCAAGAUGAUGUCGUAAAUUAUGCAACUGAAUUCUCAAACUCACUCGAUUUGCCAGGCCUACCACCUCAUAAUUUACGACUAAAAAUUGGAGCACCGAUUAUUAUGCUGCGCAACAUUAAUGUGCCACGAUUUUGCAACGGUACCAGACUUUGAAAGGGAAGUACAAAGAAGGAGAAGACGUUUUGAUACCCAGAAUUCCACUGAUUCCAACGGAUUUACCAUUCGAUUUCAAACGUUUGCAGUUCCCUAUUCACCUUGCCUUCGCUAUGACAAUUAAUAGGCGCAAGGGCAGUCUCUACAAAUGUGCGGCAUUAAUUUAGGUAACCCAAUUUUUUCUCAUGGACAAUUGUAUGCAGCUUGCUCACGAGUAGGCAAACCAUCGUCAUUAUUCAUUUACGCGAAAGAUGGAAAAACCAAAAA